AUGCGGGCAGGGUGGCAUGAAUUCUAUCUUCUACCUAGGAGGAGCAGACGUAAUGGACCGCGCACAGCACAAGCCCGCCUCAUCUCGGAAACGGUCGAGCACCCCGGACAACAACGAACGGGCCCAGCCAUCAGGGGCCGCGCCCGUUUCCACAGCAUCUCAACAAUCCUCCGACGCUUCGUCGACCUCCAGCACUCUCUCCCAACCCUCGCCCACCCCGCCAUGCAUUCUCACGCUCGCUCCAUGUCGCAUGCCGACCUUGUUCGCCAGGGAAAGCGCCUCUCUCUACAAUUUCCUAUCCAGCCAGCUGCUGCCGGCAGCAGCUCCCCAGCCAUUCCCUCUCCGCGCUCGCGACCACAAUCCUGGAUCGCUGCCCCUUCCCCCGUUCCCUCACCUGACGCGACUUCCGCCGAAACGAACAUUCUCAACAUCAUCGCCGCCCAAGAGCGCUUUGUCCUCGAGCUCAAGGAAGAGCUUACCAAGGCCGAGCAGGAUCUCAAGACGCUUAAGAAGCAUUACGCAACACAAGAAGCUGUCAAGGUACGGAACGAUCUACGCAAGGUCACCAAGCUGCAGCCGCUCAAUACCACGCUCGCCAACCAUAACUUGAACCAAGACGACGAGGACGGCUCUUCGUCGUGGAUGCAGAAGGAGAUGGAACGUCGCAAAGCUCUCUUGAGUGCCAAAGCAACACAGCGUGGCGGCAAGGUCUUUAGCGGCUCAAGACACCUACGAACGCUGUCGUUGCUCUCGCCCGACAAGUCGUAUACGCCCUCGUUUCCCCAGCCACUCGACCUUCGGAACGAUGAACCACCACCUACUCCCGCAACAUCCAUCAGCAACACUAGUCAACAACGCCCACCCGUACUUUCUCGUCAAUCGACCUCUCCCGACAUCGCAAACCAAAUAGCCAACACUGUCAACGGCGAGCGCUACGAUAUCGGCGGUCUCUCCAACAUUCAACGCGAAGCUCUCCUACGCACAGGGAAGCAAAUGGCCAAUGACUUCCGAGACGGAUUCUUCACCUUUAUCGAAGAUAUUCGGCAAGCCACGGUCGGCGACGACGCCGUCAAUGCCGGCGACGGUUCAGGGUCCGGCCAGGCCAGGGAUGCCCCCACCAAGGGUACCCGUAAAGCAUCCGAGAACCGACCCACGCUAAAUCGAGCUGCCAGCUCAAAAAAGUCGGAUCCAUCCAAGGUGGAUAUCGGAGAUGAGUUCUGGAAAGAGCACGGUCUGUCUGAGCCCAAGGCCUCGCCGACGCACAAGAAAACUCACGCUCUCAAGCAAACUCGCACCCCCCAAAAGCAAACCGCAAGCCAGGCCGACGACUUCGAUAGCUGGGAUAGCUGGGAAACACCAAACGACCACCAACUUCACGCUGCCAAGGUAUCGGGCGACAACAACAGCUCUGAUGAUUCGGAGGGACCUUCAUCGCCUGUGUCUGGUCAGACUAGCUCGAGGACGAGCACCAGGUACCACUCGCAACGCCAUGACUCCAAAGCCUCCACUCACACAGCGUCCAGCUCUGCCGGCCUCGUAGACGAGUCAUCGCGCCGCGACUCCAAGCGCAACUCCAUUCCUUGGCCUGAACUCAGCAAGCUGUCACCUUCACAAUUGAAGCGGACUGCUUCGCACUUGAUGAAAGAGUGGGAAAAAAAUCUCACACCACCUCCGGAGGCGAGAGACUUCAAUCACGCCAGCGGUGAUUAUAUCGGCCGAUCAGUAUCUCCUUCAGAUUUUGCGUAA